AUGGGUUGGCGUUGGCACGACGACGGCGAGGGCGACGGUGGCCGCGGCGGGCUCGGCGACAUCCCCGACCUCGCCGGCCGAGGCGGCGGCGAGGCGGCGCACGUCGGCACGCGCCGGGUGGUGCAGUCCCGCUGCCACACGGAGGAGGUGGAGCCCGGCCGCUUCGUCCGCAAGUGCGAGAAGACCGAGCAGCUCCUCCGCAACUGCGUCGGCAGGCCUUCUGAACUGGUGGAGUCGAAAACUGAGAACACCGAAGAAGAUGUCACAGAUGAAAUGACCGGUGGUGCCUCGCAUUCUCUUGGCUUCCCAACAAAAGAGCCCUUUGCAUUUCCAGGACUUCGCAGUGACAUUGAAGCUAUUGAGAAAGGCUUCGGUAGCUUUCUGGAUGAAGCUGAGCGGAUGACCAACGAAUUCUUCAAAUCUUUUGGAUUUCCAACCAUUCACGACGGGGACUCGAGACCGUUUCCUAGGCAACCUGCAGAGAGGCAUGUUGGAGAAGGUACCGUGAAGAAGCCCAAUGAGAAUGAGUACUCAGAAUUCGGUAGCCAGAUAACUGAUGUGUAA